GAGUAAAGGACUGAACACUUUCUGAAAGUUUGAGAUUUUUUUUAACAUUUCAAUUUACAAACAGUUGCCUUUCAAGAACUUAGUCGCAAAAAUGGUCGCAACGCACAAUUUGAACGUUACGGAUAAGGUGGAGAAAAUCGAUGCUCAACCAUUGCAUCACGUCAACAUUUCCUACGAGAAAGCCACUUUUGGAAUGGGAUGCUUCUGGGGGUGUGACUCGUUGUUCGGUGCUACGAAGGGUAUCUUGCGGACUUGCGUAGGAUAUUCCGGUGGCACUACUCCAGCUCCGGUGUACAGAAAUAUGGGUGAUCACACCGAGGUGAUUGAAAUUCACUACGAUCCGACGGUGAUCAGCUUCUCGGACCUGUUGGACCUGUUCUGGAACAACCACGAGUACGGUCUGACCACUCGCAUCAAGCGUCAGUAUAUGUCGCUGAUUCUGUACCACAGCGAAGAACAACGUCGCAUUUCGAUGGAAAGUCGUGCCGAGGAACACAUCAAGCGAGCCCCGGAGAAGAUCAUCACCGAAAUUGCACCUGCUGGCAUCUUCUAUCCUGCCGAAGACUACCACCAAAAGUACCGUCUUCAAGGUCACCGUGAGUUGGCGAAGAGUAUUGGUUUGACGUCCGAACUGCUUCACAAGUCCCACGUGGCAGCGAGAUUGAACGGGUAUCUGAUCGGUGUGGGCGGUCUGGAACAGUUCGACAAGGAUGCCGACCGGCUAGGACUGAACGCCGAUCAGAUUCAGUACGUGCGAGAUUACGUGCUGGAGAACGAGGGAGGCGGCAUUUUCUGUUAGACGAGAAGUGAGGGGUCUACUGGGAGAUUGAUUGCUUUUAUUCGACUGUUAGAGUUUGGGGAUAAUGUUUUUAUAAAAUGUUAUCGAGAUUAUUAGGCUAGGUUAGGUUAAGUAGUUAUUUGAAAUAAGCUAACGGCUAUGUUUAGGUGUUAUGUAUUGUGAUAAGAAACUAAAUGAUAAUGAAAUACACAUCUUUUAUCUAUUAUAAA